AAAAUACAAAUCCAUUACUUCUCUUCAAAAUUAUACGUAGCAGCUCCUAAUAACAAGGUGAGUGAUCAUGAUGGAGAAGCAGGGUACGUGCUUGACUAACUCACGCAACUUAAGAACCAAGGUUCUGUCAUGAGGGGAGGAUCCAGGAAAUUCAUCUUGGGAGGGUAGUAAUUUAAAUAAAAUAUUUUUCGGGAGGGCGGAAAUUAUUUUUCGUAUAUAUCUACACUAAAAAAAAUUGUUGGGGCGACGGUAGCUCCCCUGGGUCUCUACAACGAUCUGCCCUUGUCUGUCAUAUACAGACUAUUUAAAUUCUUAUUUUGAUUGCUUAUUAUAGUUGGGCUUUUGGAAUUGGCUCCAUUAGAUAUGAGUUAUAGUAGUAUAUAUGAUAUUAUAUGAGUUUGUUUAUCACGUGCUCUGCUUCUCCAGCAAGAACACUCUAUCUUAUGAUCACUGCCAUGCAUCAUCCGAAUUUUCAGAUCAGCCUCAAGCCCCCAUCAUCUCUCCGGUCUCCUAAUUUAUUGAGGCAACCUUGUAGUAGAGGCGUAAGAGUGUACAUGAGACCGAGAGAGCAGAAAGGGACACAAACUGAAAUUGGGAGUUGGGCCGAAAAAGAAAGGCUCUGACAUGAACAUUGGGCCGAAGUAGAAAAAGGCCCGACAUGAACAUUGAGCCGACGUAUAGUAGAAGAAGAUCUGAAAUUAAUUGUGGGCUGUACUAGAAAAGGGUCCAACCCCAGCGUCAGGAUUCAACCCCGUCAAUAUUAAUUGUCACGUUUUGGUUUGUGAAGUUUCUUUGGAGCUGAAGCUAUUUUACAAUUCUCCAUACAUGAUUUUGACAACAUAUCUCAUAUGUACUUCACUACUUCUCAGUUCUCUGUAGUUAUACAUUUCUCUCUUUGUGUUUUCUUCACUAGGAUUCUACGAAAAUAUUUCUCUUCACAUAGAGAUAGAUAUGGUUGAUAUGCACUAAUUAGUAGUGCAUAAGUGUAUGUUUUUAUGUUUGAUUUGUGUGUAUUGUUUAUCGUUUUAUUUAGUUUGUAAACAUUUGUGUGAUUUUAGUUGUAAUUGUAUUUUAGUUCUCAUUUGUAAGUUGUAAAGUAGAGUUAGGAUUCAUGGUGUUGGAAAGGAAGACUUUGAAUGUGAAGAAAAAUAAUUCUUGGCUGCCCAGGACAAAUCACCCGGUCGGGUGAGGUAUUGCACCCGGUCGGGUGAGACAUUGAAAUGUGAAACUGCUCAGGAAAUUACAUCACCCGGUCGGGUGAGGUAUUUCACCCGGUCGGGUCCGACUUGACCCGGAACACCAGAACGUGCCGAAGAUCACCAGAACGUGGAGGAUAUUUGAUUUUGACAUGCACCCGGUCGGGUGGGCACUUUACCCGGUCGGGUACCCGGCCAAAGGUGUUGAAAAACACCUAUAAAUAGCCCCAUUUUCCUUCACAAAUAAUCAUCCUUUCUUCCAUACUCUUAAGCUCAGUUUAGAUUAGUGUUUUCUUUAUAUUUUCUAUCAUGUUUAGUCUCCAAAUGAGGAGCUAAACUCUUCCAUCUUGGUUUUGCUCCUUUGAAGCUUAAUGAAUUUGUAAGUUGUGAGUUAUUAUCUUUAAUCUUCUUUCUUGAAUAUUAAUUCUUUCUUUAAAUACUAUUUCUAUAUCAAUGUUGGGGAGUGUUACUAAGAUGACAAUUAGUUAACAUCUUGACAUUAGUUAUAGUAAUAGUUAUUUCUUCCUCUACGUUAAUAUCGGGGAGUGUUACUAAGAUGACAAUUAGUUAACAUCUUGAUAUUAACUAUAGUAGGAUUCAUCUUCUUUAAUAUUCUUUCUUGAGUAUUAAUUAAUUCCUAUUCAUAUUUCAUAUUAAUAUUUUGAACAUUACUUAAAGGAUCAACUAGUUUUGUUCCAUAUAUUAAUUAAUACUAGAAUCGGUCGAUUAAUACGCUUGUUAUUAAUUCGGUCCUUUCACGGUAGUAAACUUGGAUUAUUAAUGCAUGCAUCUCAUGGUCAAUAAUCUAAGGGGAAUUAAUUACAUUGAUUAACCAACAAACCGCUUGUGUUGAGGUUAUCAAUCUCAAUCGUUUUCAUCUUAAGUUUAUUGCUACUAUCAAGUUAAUAUACGGCGCUUGUUCUAUAUUGACUCGAUAGUAAGAUUUAUUAAUGAACGCAUCUCGUUAUUAAUAACUACCCUCGAUGAACUGGAUAUACUCCUCGAUUGAGUAUUCGAGAGGAAGAUAGUUAAAGAUAUAACCGGGAUCGACGAACAUUUCAUUAAGUGGAUAAGAGCAAAGCCAAGCCUCCUUCUCAUUAAUUAAACCACAUAACUCGUUCAUCUUCGUGCUUAAAUAUAAUUUAAGUUCAUCAACCAAAUAUAAAACCCCCCCCUGUUAUUACUUAUUUAUUUUUAUAAAAAGAGAAGUGUUCCUUUCCCUGUGGAUACGAACCUUACUUCAUUAUACUACGUAUAAUUGUUGUAUUGAUUAUUAUUUUGAGUGCACAUCACGACAAAGUGCACGUCAAAUUUGGCGCCGUUGCCGGGGAAAGGCAAUUAUUUUUCUUUUUAUUUUAUUCCAAGAAAAAUCAACAAAAAAAAAAUAAUUAAAUAAAAAUAUAAAGAAUUCUUAUUUUCUAUUUCUGAGCUUUGUUUGAGUAUAUGGUUAAACACCGAUCUAUAAACCAAAUCACCUACCAAACAAAUCCCGAAACGGAACAAGCCUUCGAGAGGUUUAGGAAUUUAUUUCCGAAUACUUCUUCGGAGGAAUCAUCAAGCGCUAGUUCUUCUUCUAGCGAGAACGAAGAGCCAAUCACUAUGGCUCAAGAGACGAGAACAUUGAGGGAGCUCACCGCUCCAAAUCUCAACCAACAACCAUUGUGUAUUACCUUCCCUACACUCAAUGAAGGUAAUACUUUUGAGCUCAAAUCGGGGCUUAUCCAUCUACUUCCUUCCUUCCACGGGCUAAGAGGAGAGGACCCGAACAAACAUCUCUCGGAAUUCCAUAUUGUUUGCACGAGCAUGUGCCCAAAUGGAGUCACCGAGGAACAAAUCAAAUUGAGGGCUUUUCCAUUCUCCCUUAAAGACACCGCAAAGGAUUGGCUAUUCUAUCUUCCUUCGGGGAGUAUAGAUACAUGGGCAGCAAUGAAGAAAUGCUUCCUAGAAAGGUAUUAUCCCGCUUCUGUCUCAUCAUCUUUGAAAAAACAAAUAAGCAACAUUGAUCAAAAAGAUGAUGAGUCCUUAUAUGAAUAUUGGGAGCGAUUCAAAAAGUUGUGUGCUAGUUGCCCAUAUCAUGGGUACACUGAGCAAGACCUCAUCCUUUACUUUUAUGAUGGUCUUGCGGAUCAAGAUAGGCGCAUGGUUAAUGCGGCGAGUGGAGGGGGAAUUGUUAACAAAACCCCUUCUCAAGCAAGAAAUCUCAUCUCGGAGUUGACCGAGAAUUCUAGAUACUACAAUGGGAGAUCCUCAACCCGAAGGGUUGCCGCGGCGGAAUCCAACACCUCGUUGGAAAGUCAAGUGGCCGGCUUGACUUCUUUGGUUAAAGAUUUUCUCUUAAAACCCAAAACCCAAGAAGUCAAGGUUUGCGGCAUAUGUUCAACACAAGGGCAUCCGACCGAUUCAUGUCCAUCAAUACAAGAGGAGAAUUUUGAGCAAGUCAACGCAUUGGGUUUCCAAGGACAACAACAAAGGAGGUACGACCCAUUCUCAAAUUCUUACAACCACGGAAUGAGGGAUCAUUCAAACUUGAGGUACGGAAACCCCCAACAAUCAAACUCACCUUCUCAACCACCUUUCAACAAUCAAGGCUCAAAUUCUCAACCCAAUAUGUCAACUGAUGACAUGAUAAGAGCUUUGACUUCAAACAUGGUUACCAUGCAACAAAGCAUGGGACAAUUUCAACAAACCAUGAUACAAUUCCAACAUGAGACAAAGUCAAGCAUUAAAAAUUUGGAAACUCAAGUUAGCCAAAUUUCAAAUGCCGUAAGCCGACUUGAAGCAAAGGACUCGGGUAAACUCCCGUCUCAAACGGAGCAAAACCCGAGACAACAUGUAAAUGCAAUCAUGUUGAGAAGUGAGACGAUAUUGAAAGAGUUAGAGAAGGAAGAACAAAAGGUUGAGCAAGUUGAUCGUGAAGAGGAAGCUCACUUGGAGGAGGAAAACACAAAGGCAAAAUUACCUCCACAUUCAUCAUAUGAACCAGUGGCCCCAUUUCCCGAGGCAUUGAGGGAGACAAAGAAGCUUGACAAAGAUGCUGACAUCUAUGAAACUUUCUCCAAGUGUGAGGUAAACAUUCCACUCCUUAACUCAAUUAAAAGUAUUCCCCGUUUUGCUAAAUUUUUAAAAGAAUUAUGCAAAACAAAAACAAAAAAUAAAGUGAAGGGAAAACAAGAGGUUGUGGUGAGUGAACAUGUUUCGGCCCUUUUUCAAAAGAAACUCCCCGAAAAAUGUAGCGACCCGGGCAUGUUCACUAUUCCCUGCAAAAUAGGGGACACUUUAUUUCCUAGGGCCUUGUUGGAUUUAGGGGCUUCAGUCAAUGUUAUUCCAUAUUCAUUAUACAAAUCCCUAAAACUUGGCCCUAUGCAUGAAACCGGGGUAGUAAUCCAAUUGGCAGAUAGGUCUUGCACUUACCCAAAGGGUGUAGUAGAGGACGUGCUAGUACAAGUUAAAAAUUUGGUCUUCCCUGUUGAUUUCUAUAUUCUUGAAAUGGAAGCCGAUAACCAAACUACACCCAUCCUUUUGGGGAGACCUUUCUUAAAAACUGCCCAAACAAAAAUAGACGUGUCUAAUGGUUCAUUAACAUUGGAAUUUGAUGACCAAAAGGUAGAAUUCAACAUCUUUGAUUCUACGAAAAAACAAUUUAAAGACCAAUCUCUUUGUUCUCUAAAUGUUUUUGAACCACAAGCACGAAAUAUUUUUAUUGAAAAAGAUACUAAGAAAACAUCAAUUUUUGAAAAAAGAAUUGAACAAAAAAAAUCUAUUUUGAAAGAAGAGUCGCCUCAAAGCGAGUUGGAACCACCUGUGGUCGAGGCGAUAACAAAGAAGAAACUUCGGCCUUACUGGAAAAGGCCGAAGAAAAAGAAUGAAACAAGGGAUGUCCACGAUCCCACAUAAAAAAAUAAAAAAAAUAAAAAAAAAAAAAAAACGUCGUGCCACGACGUUAAAUAAGGCGCUUCUUGGGAGGCAACCCAAGUUUGUAUUUUGAUUAUUUUCAAUUUUUUUUGUGUGUGUGAGAAACCUUUCAAAAAAAAAAAAAAAAUAUCUGGGGAGUGGACCCGGGCGGGUAUCUGAUUUCACCCGGCCGGGCGUGUUCGUAAAAAGGCACCUGGAACAAAAAAAAAAAAAAAAAAUCGCCCGGGCAAAUAAUUUUUUGGCAAAACCCGGCCCCUGGAGUAAAUUACCCGACCGGGUACCUUUAAUACACCCGGCCAGGCAUUUUUGACAAAAACAUUCUGGAUAAGCGGAAGUUAGGCCCGACCGGGUACAUUACCCCACCCGGCCGGGCGUUGGGAAUUUUUUCAAAAACCGAGAUGGCAUCCUCUUCUUUCUCACUUCUUCUUCCGCAAACACGAACCAAACUCCGCCAAAACACCAUUUUCAAACUCCAUACAUUUGAAUCUUCUCCAUUUCUACACCAAAUCCAUCAAAUAAACCCACCUUCUUCAUCUCUUCAUCACCCUCUUCACUACUACACCCAAAAAAAAAAAAAAAACUCCUAAAAAUCCAAAUCCCCUUACUCCACAAACAACAAAAGCCGAUAUUUCCUCAACCAAAAAGAAAGAAAUGACACCAAAAAAGGCAAAGAGAUUCAUUCUCUUGGACAUCUCGGACACAAGCACUAGGGACAGUGCUUUGAUUAGCUUGGGGGGAGAAUUUCAUGGAAAACUCACAUUCACACUCUGUAUUCUUGAGUUAUUUUCAAAAAAAAAAAAAAGAAGAAGAAGAAGAAAAAAGAAAAAGAAAAUAAAGCUUGUUAAGUUGAAAACCUGAAAAGGCAACUUAAGCAAAAAUAAAGCAAAAAUAAGAGUGAGUUGUGAGGAUUAAAACAAAAAAAUGUGGGAAGCUGGGAUGAAAACCCGAAAGGGCACCUAGGCAAAAUGAGAGAAUGAGAGAAAGUACUUUCUUUUAUUUCUGCAGGAUCCUAAGGGUAAUGAAACAAAAAAAAAAACUGAGGUUGAUAAGAAAUAUGGAGUUAAAGACCCCUCUUUACUCUUAUAUUUUUGGGGAUAUUUUUUUGUGUUGUUCUAAGAACACACGUGGAUGUUGGUGUUGAUACUCUUGUCAUUUUAAGGACUUCUUGGGCUAGGAUUUGGUUUACUCGAGACGAGUAAAGGUUCAAGUGUGGGGGUAUUUGAUAUGCACUAAUUAGUAGUGCAUAAGUGUAUGUUUUUAUGUUUGAUUUGUGUGUAUUGUUUAUCGUUUUAUUUAGUUUGUAAACAUUUGUGUGAUUUUAGUUGUAAUUGUAUUUUAGUUCUCAUUUGUAAGUUGUAAAGUAGAGUUAGGAUUCAUGGUGUUGGAAAGGAAGACUUUGAAUGUGAAGAAAAAUAAUUCUUGGCUGCCCAGGACAAAUCACCCGGUCGGGUGAGGUAUUGCACCCGGUCGGGUGAGACAUUGAAAUGUGAAACUGCUCAGGAAAUUACAUCACCCGGUCGGGUGAGGUAUUUCACCCGGUCGGGUCCGACUUGACCCGGAACACCAGAACGUGCCGAAGAUCACCAGAACGUGGAGGAUAUUUGAUUUUGACAUGCACCCGGUCGGGUGGGCACUUUACCCGGUCGGGUACCCGGCCAAAGGUGUUGAAAAACACCUAUAAAUAGCCCCAUUUUCCUUCACAAAUAAUCAUCCUUUCUUCCAUACUCUUAAGCUCAGUUUAGAUUAGUGUUUUCUUUAUAUUUUCUAUCAUGUUUAGUCUCCAAAUGAGGAGCUAAACUCUUCCAUCUUGGUUUUGCUCCUUUGAAGCUUAAUGAAUUUACAGCUAUGGUUUGAAGUUGGGAAGCUUCGACGAACAAGAACAACCAAGGAUCCGGCGACUCAGCUAUGUUCGUUGGGAGGCUUCGAUGGCG